AUGGCAUCCGAAGAGGAUCGAGCGAUGCCUCUGACCCCGCUUGAUGAAUGCGAGUAUCCGGUGGUGCUAGGACGGACCCUCACAGAGAUGGCUGACGAUGAUGAAGGGCAAGGAGACGUGUACGCGUCUUUUGGCUACGAAUUCCAACCAGCAUCCAUAGACAAAAGCACCCCCGCGCUUGUGAGUGUUGACAGGUCUCGAGGAGUGCAGGUGCUCAUGGGCUCGUCAACGGGCGGUGUGAGCUUUAAAGGCAAAGUGUUGGAGAACAAGGAGACAGACUGCCUGCUGAUAUUUGAUGGCUCCGGCUUUCGGCUUGAGCGGUGCCCGUUCUCCUGCGUGCAGCUGCGUCAUGUGCGCGCCCCCACGCCACGGCAUCACACGCCGAAUGUGAAACGACCAAGGGGUCGACCGAAAGGAUCCACGAAGACAGCCAUUGCAGCCAAGAAAGCACAUGCAGAAGCUGAGGUCAAACCAAACAACGACACGUGA